UGUCCACGCGAGUGUUCCCGAAGGCAGUCCGCGCGUGCGCGUUGCGGCGUUUCGCGAAAUUUCCCGAACUUGCCGGAAUAUUCUGGCGGCGGUCUGCAGGCAAUCUGGCCAAGCGGAGACCACCAUGUCCGUGCUGUGUUACAACAAAGGUUGUGGACAGCGGUUUGACCCAGAUCAGAAUCCUGAUGACGCCUGUACCUACCACCCUGGUGUCCCUGUCUUCCACGACGCCUUGAAGGGGUGGUCUUGCUGUAAAAGACGGACAACCGACUUCUCUGAUUUUUUAAGCAUCGCAGGCUGUACCAAAGGACCACACAAUAAGGAGAAGCCCCCUGAGCCAGUAAAACCUGAUGUUAAGACCUCAGGGGAGAAAAAGGACCUGGAGGACCUAAAACCAAAAUUUGAUGAAUAUGUCAUUCAGGCACCCAAACCGCUGGAGUCCAUCAGUCGUCCGAGCCCGGAUGAGCCCUUCGUAAGGUUACAACAAAAGGUGGCAUCCUCGCUGAAACAAUCUUUGGAAAAUCUAAAGCUAACAGAAGCCAAUGAGCCGGAUAAAACUGAGGAAGAAGGAGAUGAAAUUAAGGUUGGAACAUCAUGUAAAAAUGGAGGCUGUUCAAAGACAUUCUCUGGCCCGGAAGGCAGUGAGGAUGUGUGCCUGUUUCACCCAGGGGUGCCCAUUUUUCAUGAAGGGAUGAAGUACUGGAGCUGCUGCAAACGGAAGACCUCAGACUUCAACACGUUUCUGUCCCAAGAGGGCUGCACUAAGGGGACACACCUGUGGAAGAAGCAGGAUACUGGGAAGAAGGUGGUGCCGUGUCGAUUUGACUGGCAUCAGACAGGGGGCCAAGUGAUAAUCUCUGUGUAUGCCAGAAACUCCAAUCCAGAGAUCAGCCGCGUGGAGGCUAAUAGUACCGUGCUGAAGAUCCACAUUAUAUUUGAAGGUGACAAGGAAUUUGAACAACAAAUCAGCUUGUGGGGUGUGAUCGAUGUAACUAGGAGUGUCAUGAACAUGAUGGCAUCUAAGAUCGAGAUCGCCAUGAAGAAAGCAGAGCCCAUGUCAUGGGCCCGCCUGGACCUGCCUCCGGUGACGAACCCACCUCCGGGCAAAGAGAUGGAUGGCUGAGAAUGCCGCACGAGGCCGAAGAACGACCGCGACGACACCACCAGGACCAUCCCCAGCACCUCAAUAAUCCUGCUUUCUCGCAUACUGUACCGUCUCUGAACGAAGGAUUCCAGCUGUCACCGGCUGGCAUCUGUUUCUGUAGGCCUCUUGCCAAACGGGACCCCCAGCUGUAAUUCUCACAUACUCCUGUUUUCUGUAUGGCAUUUAUUUUUUUUUACUUGUAUCAGUCAUCUCAAAAUCCCAUCAUACCUUGCAGUAUUUUUAGUAAAACUGCACAGUCUGUCUUGGUGUCUCUGCUGUUGGAGUAGAAGUUAAGGAUGAAGAGAGAUGGCAUGGUGACAGUGAGCAUGCCUAUUCACUGGCCUUUGCCAGUGGCUCACUGGUGGGACCACAGAAUCUGCACACUGCAGCUGUACUGUUUCCAGUUACUACCUGUCAAAGAGAAGCAUGGAGGCCUGUAGCUGUAGGAGUGUUUUGGUCGCUGCAAAGACGCAUGGCAAAUUUUUUGCAUAGUUACAAAAUGCUUCAACAUACUGUAUAUUAUUGGUUGUCCUGCCCUCUGUCUCAUGCCUUGGCCUAUUGCUUUUGUGACCUUGGAUGUUUUACUGCUCUUUCAGUUUUUAAAGCAAAAUUUUCCCUACAGCUCAAAGAUUUUUUUCCUUUUGCCAAUUGCAUGUGUUUCUCAAGUGUUUGUUGUGUCCUGCUGGAUACAGAGCUGAUUAGGUAAUUAGUAAAAUUAAUUAUAUUCCACUCUCAAUCAGGCCAGAUAUCUGCAAGCGCUGCAUCAGCCACCAUUGAUACAUGUUUUUAUGUUUUGUUGGGCUUGGACUCCAGGAUGGUUUCCUUCUUUUCCAUGAAAAGCCAGAGUCCCAGAGUGAAUGAAGCUGAAGCUGAAGAUGUGUAACCUGUAUCUGCUUAUAGCCAAUUCUAUCACCAUGCUAAGUCAUCAAAUGUGUCUUGAGCAGGCGUGGCCUAUCUUACCCAGAUAGGGUAAGGAUUGAGUUUGUGGGUUUUUGCCGCAACUCCCUAAUUAGAUUAUUAAUUAGAGGACUGAUUAGCUGAAGAGUUCUCACACCUGGUUUUGAACAACUGACCCAAACCCAACCCCAAAAACCUGCACACACACUGGCCCUUUCUGGAUAAGAUUGGCCACCCCUGGUCUUGAGCAAUAUAACACACCUUGAUGAUGGAGCGCAGUGCAAAGACUGAAGGUAAUGUUCUGCCUGGACGUUUUUAUUGGCUUCACCUGUAAGUGGGUGCAGUACUACAAGUCUGCUUUGGUAAUUGUGGAGGGGAAAAGAGUUUUAUGUCUGGGUUUGAUGUUCAUGAAAUGUUGACAAUUUCCUUUGUGGUCUUUCCAUCUAUUCUGUCAUAAUUUAACCAUGUUUGAAUAAAUUCUACUCAGAUUUUA